UUUUUUUUUUUUUUUUCUCCCUUUCCUAUCUCUCCUAAGCAGUGGUGGUUUAUUUUCCUCAGCCAAACAGUUUUGGAAAAAACAGUUUUGGAAAAUCAAAACUUGAAACAGACUUUAAAGUGUUCUCAGUUAAUUGAUGGUCAGGUAACGCUAGCCCAUCUCAAGGAUAAGCCUGUGCAGACUCAAUCACAAUCAUCUUCAGGUUUGGGUGUAAGCAGUGGUGUGAGGUCAGCGGCAGCAAGGCUCUUAGGUGGUGGAAAUGGGAGUAAAGCACUUAGUUUUGUUGGAGGGAAUGGUGGGAGUAAGUCAGUGAGUGGUGUCGGCAGUAGAAUUGGAUCAUUGGGAGCUUCAAGUUCAAAUAAUGCGGUUGGCAAUUAUGAUGGCAAAGGGACUUACUUGGUGUUCAAUGUUGGUGAUGCAAUUUUCAUUAGUGACUUAAAUUCUCAGGAUAAGGAUCCUAUUAAGUCUAUACAUUUUGGUAAUUCGAAUCCUGUUUGCCAUGCAUUUGACCCUGACUCGAAGGAUGGGCAUGAUUUACUUAUUGGUUUAAACACUGGAGAUGUUUAUUCCGUGGCUCUGAGGCAACAAUUACAGGAAGUAGGAAAGAAGCUUGUUGGGGCUCAGCAUUAUAAUAAAGAUGGUUCCAUUAACACCAGGCAAGUGCUUGACUUUGUUAUUUGCAUCGUUUCUCCCAAAAUCUUCAUGGGAUUUACAUAUAUGCAUCUCCAUAUCGAGUAUUGAAUUUCUUGUUACGUAUAGAUCUUUUAUGUUUUUUGACUCAUCGUCUCACUAUGGAAGCCCAUGUUUCCAAUUUCUAUAGGUUUUUGGAGCAUAUAAUCUUUGCCAUGUUUUAAUCAUAUGUGGUACUGAAAAGUUCACCUCGCAAUUUAUUUUUAUAAUAAAUUGGUAAUGAGUGGAGAUUGCUUGUUCGAUGCUGAAAAGUAUGGAAAACACCAAGAAAAAAAUUGGGAAAAAAAUAAUAAAUAGAAACACACGCGCACGCAUGAAAGUUACUUUGUUCAGAUUCGCUAUAUGCUAUAUGUAUCCAAUUAACAAUUGCAGCUGCUUGAAAUGAAUCUUGUUGUUAACUCUACUUAUUGGUCUUUACCGUUCCUUUAGUUGUCGAGGAUUUAUUAAGUACCAGUUUAUCCAUCAAUAUA